AUGGAUUGGAUCUCGAUGUGUAAUCCGGCUUCUUUCUACGGACUUCGCAAAACGUCCCCGUCGACCUGCUGCCAAUUCAGCUGUUUCUGGCGUACGCUGUUCUUCGUUGCAUACACGUGUAGCUGGUGGACGGAUCCGGUGGAUUUUCGACGAGAGACGAACAUCUCGACGUGCAUUCGGCUGUUCGUGUUCCUUUACAGAAUUCAGAGCACUCAUGUGAAUCCGGCGAUAUCGUUUUGCGAGGCUGUCUUCCGAUCGAGAGCCUACAACGAGCUCUUAAAUUCGAUGGUUCCGGCGGUGCCAAACGUUCGGGGAUUGUUGGCCCACGCCGCGCUCAACGCGUCGCUGGUGGUCGCAGCCGCCGUCACGAUAAUCAAUAAGCAACGCGAUCUCGAGUUUUCUCGCGUAAUCCUUCAGCUUUGUCGGAUUUACGUUCGCUACAGCGUGUACGCUAUCGCCCAAGACUACAUCGGAAAGGCGAGCGUGGUGAAAAACGAACUGCGCCGCCUGACAAGUCAGCUUAAAUCGCAAAGGGUUUUGGCGCUGUCGCAGAGCUGGACGUUGAUUCGGUACAAGACGAAAAUCCGAGACCAGACCCGCUGCAUGAACGAUGUUUUCGGAUUGCAAGUGUUUCUUUUCUACUCGGCAACUGCCGUUCACCUGUCGGUGCUCGUCGGUAAAUUGAUCAUCUCGUGGAAGUCGGUCAACCCGAUGGAGGGUCUGCUGGAGAUUUCACCGAUUCUGAUUGAGUGCUUGGUAGCGAUAAGCCUCGCUUUUCAGAUGUCUCAUCUGGGAUCAGAUAUAGUGGAUAAUUGCCUCGAAGCAGAACAUCUUCUUACUGACGAAGGUAGACUCGCCGACGAGCUCCGGGUCGUGUUGGCCUACCGGGAGCAGUGGGACUCUUUACGACUUCUAGAUAGCGUUCCCAACGAAGUGUCGGCCAUUAUGGGAGCCGUAAUCAACAUUAUAACGUUCGUCGCGAUCGUCCUGCAGUUCGAUGUCACUGUCAGCCAGGCGAUUUUCGACCCGGGUCACUGCAAAAAGGGACCGGAGUGA